AUGGACAACGAAAGCCAAAUCGCAGAGAAACGCAGGGUUAGAGCCGAGAAGAAAGCCGAAAAACAAGCACAGGCAGCAAACGUGGAGUCGGACCCGACAAUCCCGCUGAGAAAGCCGGGCAACGGUUCAGAAAAGACUCGGAAAGCUUACAAACCUAGAGAGUCAAAAUCUGUUGUUCACCGCGCUCCUCCCACUGGUCAACAAGUGACGGCUAGUAUUCAUCAAAAUGGGAAAUCUAUCAAGAUCAUGACUUGGAAUAUUUUGGCACAGUGCCUCGUUCGAAGGACUUUAUUCCCCGGGAGUGAUUGUCUAAAGUGGAAAGAUAGAGGGCCGGCGAUUACUCAAGAAAUCGUCGAUUACAACCCCGACGUGGUCUGUCUCCAGGAAGUGGACCGUCUGGAAGACCAUAAAGCGGUGCUCUCCGCAGCAGGAUACGAAGUGCUGCACGUGAUCGGUGGAUACGAAGAAGAAGGAAAGCAGCACGGAUUGUUGAUCGGAUGGAAAGAUGACUUACUUAACUUGAUCGAUCAGAAAGUGAUCAGGUUUGACGAGCAGGAGUUCAAGUCGCGCGUGGGCCUGAGCAGGGCGACUCGGAACGUCGCGUUGAUCGCCGGGUUGGCUUUCAAGCAUCAUCCUGGCGGCUUGGUUAUUGGCACUGCCCAUCUGUUUUGGCAUUCCCGGUACUCCUACGAACGGACUCGUCAAACGGCCUUCCUCGCCAAAGCGCUUGCUGAAUUUAGGAGCGAGGAUCGUGAUACAACCAACUGGCCUGUCUUCUUGGCGGGCGACUUGAACGAACAGCCUGGUGGACCCUCUUAUCGACUGCUCUCAGGCGCCGCCCUCCCGGAGAAAGAACAGCUUAUUCUCAAGGAAUCGGCCCUGAUACACAAGUCGGCCGAUCGACUGUUUACCAACAUAGCAGACGAGACGUACGUGACUUUUGAGGGGGAUGAAGACCGGGUCUUCAAAGACGUCAGACCUAGCCGACCAGAAGAUGGCCUGUUUGAUCUUCAAGAAUUGGAGGAACUUUUUGGCUCGCGUCGUUGGUUAAGUCUCUACGGAAAUUGGGCAGAUAAAAUGAUCAAUGAAGAAGGUAACUGGUUUAAGGAUCGCCCUGAAUUCAAAGACCCCGGGCAGAACGGAAAGCUGGUACCUUGCCUGGAUCAACUUGGGUCUGGACAAUACGAACCAAUGUGGACCAACUUUACACCUCUUUGGAGAUGCACGCUAGACUAUAUAUGGGUGCUUUGUACAGGAGCAAGUUCGACCAGUGCUAUUGAGGUUCUUGCGCUCUUGCCCACCCAUCGGACUGAGGCUCUUGAACCUGGCCUUCCCCGCUUGGGGGUCGAGCCGUCCGAUCACAUCCCACUCAUGGCCGAAGUAAUGAUCCCAUGCCUGUAG